AUGGCUCAGGGCAUCCUUGAUCCGGCGUCGAUGAGCUUGGAGAUCUUGCCAGAAGCAACAGAAGAGGCUAUUGAUAUGCUUUUCAGGUGGAAAUCCUCGGCCGAACUAAGCGAACAGCUGGACAGGAUUAACGAUGAAGAUGUCUGGCGUUUUAUGUCUGAUACAUUUAACGGCAAUAAUGGCUCUUAUUUUGAGGAUAGUUUGGACUCUGUGCCAGCCAAUCUAACAGUGGGCGAGGAAGUUGACAUCACUACUAUGGACACAACAAAGGAAUUAGACCCGAUCGAGGAGACGGACAAGACGGACAAACAGCAUGGCACUGAAAGUUCAGGCGAUGACUACCCCGAAUCCCUUGCCUUGACGGCCAGGAGUGAAGCUGGCAAUUACGAUCACGGCGCAUCUCUUGCCCUAACUCCCGAAGUCCUACCUGAUGAAUAUGAGUCCAUAGUUGCCGAUACCAUGGAUGACUGUUUUUUCCUUUUAGGUCAGGAUUCAGUUCAGACGGAUUCCGAUUCAGUCCCUCAUCAGUCUAACAACCCACAACAGCCAUGGGCCCCAGACAUACAUGAGACAGUUCAGGAUGAUUCCGAGCCGAGAGUCCAAAGCCCGGUCUCUCACGACCUGGGUGAUAAUAAGCAAUUUGAAAGUCAGCAAUUUGCUGAUUUUAUGAAUAACUAUGGGCAGUUCGAUGAUUUCGAUCCUUCCCAGCCUUCCUUUUUCGGCAUGAACUGGGACCAGUUCUUUGAUCCGCCACUUGAAACUCAAUACCCCAUCAACAUGCAGUCAGCCUACUGGCAGGCAGCCUUGUCUGAAUGGAUCAAGCUUCGAGUUCCCCACAACCCCCAACAGACCGAGGCCAAUCCCUUCGCACAGUUUCCGCCCAUGGUUGUCGCGCCGCUGGUGGUCAUCCAGACUCUCGGACCCGCGGUCUUCAACAGAUAUCCUUAA